ACAGAUUCUUAUUUCUCUUCGUUUGCAGAGGUGUCCACCAAGAGUAAUCCCUGUAGCUGUUAGAGGUUUUGGAACAACCUCCCAAUCAAGUGCCAAGCUUCUUCCUGGAGCUGAUUGUGCUAAUGGUCUUGCAUCCCCAAGGGAUUUCCUUGUUCCUACAGCAUGGUAUGAAGAUAAAUUCAAUCCUGGGUACACUAUAGUGCAGAAUUUUGGUGGUGAACUAUUUGUUGCAGUCCUGGAUUUUUCUCCCUUCAAUGUUGUUGCUUGGCAUGGUAAUUAUGUUCCAUACAAGGUUGGUUUGCAAUGGAUGCUUUCUUUGUACAAUAACAAGUUGAAUAGAAUUUUGGCGGAUGAGAUGGGUCUUGGAAAAACUGUGCAGGUUAUGGCAUUGAUUGCAUACUUCAUGGAAUUUAAAGCAAACUAUGGCCCGCUUCUUAUAAUAGUACCGAAUGCUGUUUUAGUUAACUGGAAGAGCAAGUUUUAUAAUUGGCUACCAUCUGUAUCGUGCAUUUUUUAUGUUGGAAGCAAGGAUCAACGGUCAAAAUUGUUUUCACAAGUAAGCAUGCCUUAUCUUAUUCAUACAUGUAGGGGGAGUGCUUCAUCUUCACUGCCAAUUUCCUUUUCUGUUACAUUUUUGCAGGAGCUGAUGAGCAAGAAAGUACCAAGAACAAAAGAAGAACUCCUUGAACUCAAUGGCAUGAGCAAGGCCAAGGUAAGCAAUUACGGUGAUCAGAUACUGGAAACCAUUGAAAAUACUAUUAAUGAGUAUUACAAGUUGGAUAAAAGCAUCAAUGGCAGUGCUGAUUCUGCAAAAAGGAGACGAGAUGCAAAUGGAGGUCUAGAUAGAACUAUGAAAAUGUUGGAAUGAUUUGUAGCAAAUUUAUUGAGCAUCUCUAGGAAAACUCCCAAUGUAAUAGAACUAACAAUAUUUCUUAGCUUGAUACUUUGUAUAGGAGUCAUUAUUUUUUAUUUGUAAUACUAAAAAAUCAUAUAUUAUGUUUAAUACUUUGAGUUAUAUAAUAUUUUGUGUAUGGAU